AUGGACGCAUUCUCCAAGCUUUUGGCGCUUGAUGUCGAGGCAAGGGUAAAUGCUCUUGGAGUGGAUCACAAGUACGGGAGAGGCAUUACACUGAGCCAUUUUGGUACCGAGAGUCUAAAGCAAAGCCUGCUUACUCAGACAGAAGAGAUAAUGAUUUUCAAGUUGAAUACAAAGUUCAUGUUUGGCUACAAUUUUGCCAAAUCGCUAGAGAAAAUCGGGGAGAAAUUAAUCAAGUGUAAACUGAGCAUAUACUCAUUUCCCCUGAGCAUACCAGGUACUGAGUACCAUAAUUUCCUGAAGGCACAGAAGAAAAUGAAAGACUUGUUCAGGAACAUGAUAAAGGAGACGCACAAUUCAACUGGAGCUUCUGACGGUCCAGGAGAUUUUCUUGAUCAUGCUAUCGCUGAUAUGCAGACCGAGCAGUUCUUGACCGACUUCCAUGGGGUAUCGACAGGAAUCACUUUGAUUGUCAACUUUAUAUCAGCCCAUCCUUCAGUCCUGGAUGAGUUACAGGCUGAACACAGGGCAAUACUGGAGAGAAGAGAAAGCACGAGGCACACUCUCAAUUGGGACGAAUACAGAUCGAUGAAAUUUACACAUGAAGUCAAUAUCAGAUGA